UUCUUUUUUAACUAUCUAUUCAUGUGGCAUUGGGAAUAUUUAACUAUACAGAAUUUUCAAUGGAUUUAUGGUUCCACACCUAUGUCUGAUUUGAGUGUGAUUUACACUAGUUGGGUAGUCUAUUUUAUUGGUAUUUUGUCUAUUCGAUGGUAUAUGGCAGAAAGAACAAGAAUUGAGAAAUCACAUAAAGGAAUCUUGUCCUAUAACGCAUCCAUGAUCUUGUGUAGUAUAUGUGUGUGGUGCCUUUCAUCCUGGUUUUUAUGGCAACUCAUUCAUACUCACCUAGGCACGUUUUGUCACGCACCUGAACACCCACUUUUUAAUACGCAUGGCAAAUACAUGCUGUAUUCAAUGUACCUGUGUUACCUGCUACGCUUUUACGCAUUUCUCGAUACUGUCAUACUUGCGCUCAGAAAGAAAUCAAUUCCUUUUUUGCAUUGGUAUCAACAUAUGUUUGUCAUUCUCAUGAUGUGGAGUUGGUUACAAGAUCAAAGUAUAUUUGGAAGGUAAGUCUAUAAACAGUAUAUGAGAAAUCAGAAUGAAAAAAAAACUAGUUUAGCCAUAUCCAUCAUUAG